UUAAAUUUUACACAUAAAAUUAAAUAAAACUUUAAAAUAAGAUUUAAAAUAUUUUAAGCUUGAUUUAGACAACGAUAAUAUAUAAAAAAAAAACUUAACAAAAAUAUUUAAAAAAAAUAUUACAUGAAGACAUAAAUAUUACACAAAUUUAAAUAUUACAACAAUACUAAUAGUCAGACAAGUUUGAUCUGGAACCUUCAAAAUUUUCAAAUAUUGUCCAAAUUUUUUUGUGUAACUGAAGAUGAUUGUUGUUGUUGUUUUUGAUGUCUUUUUCGUACAAUUUUUUUUUGUUCAUAUCGAAUAUAUUCACAAGUAUUAAUAUCAUCGAAAAGAAAUUAGUAUUUUAUAAAUAGUUUAUCUUUCUCUUUUACUUUCUUGUUCCGAUCUCUUGUAUUUACAAGUAUCAAUAUUACCCGAUUUCAUAAACUUUUAGCUCGUAAUCUACAAAGUAAAACUGAGGAGAGCCAUUUUUACUUCGAAAUGCACUAAUAGAUCGUAUAUGCAUAACGAAAAUCAUUUUAUGAAUUAAUAUGACAUUUUGUUUGAAGCUUAAUAUUAAUUAAGUUAUUUUUAUUUAAAUUUUUAAAUUUUAAUAGAAUAUUUUAUUAAUUAAUAUUGUUGUAAUAUGUUUAUAUAUGUGCUAGUUAUUUACAAAAGUUUUAUGAAUUCAAAUUAGUUAUGACAAAUAUAAGGACCAUAUUAUAAAAUAUAAAUAGUUUUGAAGUUGAGUUUGAACUUUUACUUUUGGAGAAGAACACCUUUAAACUUCAAAUAUGGAGUUUUGGAAACUUUAAAAUAGAGUUCCUUUUUGGAGAUGUUGUUAUAAUUGAGACAUUAUUCUGGAUAUAUAUACAAGAAGACAUCUAUCAUUCUCUGCAUACGGUGAUACGGGUCGAGAAAGAAUGGGAAAAAUAGAGAAAGAGAAGUAGUUUGUGUGGUUCUGUUGUGUGUAGUUUCAUGUGAGAGGCCUAAGAGAAGUUAAUCACCUAUCUUGUUAAAAGAUAGAAGCUAGGAGCCACAGAUGCAAUAAGAGACUGUACACCAUAACGCCAAGCCUUUCUUGAGGACAGCUCAUUAAUACUCUUCCACCUGAGACCCUGCAUUGCAGACAAAUCAAAAAACGAUCCUCACUCAAUAAGAAAAACCAAUUUGGAACCACAUUUACGAUCCACUACAGGAAAUUGGGGUAGUGAUAGCAUAAUAUAGUAGCGUUUAAGUGUGUUUUGCUACGGUUUAUAUUUUAGUAGCGUUUUGCUUUUUCUAAAUGCUACUGAUAAGUUUUCAGAAAAACGAGUUUCUCGCGUUUAGUUAUCAAUAGCACUUUUUUGAAACAAACGCUACCUAUGUGAAGCGCGGAAACGUAAUUAGUUUGAGCGCCUAAGACUUAUCGAAAAUUAGAAGCCAUUUUCAGACCCCCUCCAUAGAAGCUUCAUGAACCAUUCUUUCCCUCUAACUCUCAUUUUUUUCAGAUUCCCUCCAUCGAACUUUCAGUCUCCAUUGAACUUUCAGUCUUCAUCUUUUUCUCCCUCUCGUUUCAAUCUCCUCCUCUAAACUUUCAGUUUUUGAGAUUUCCGUCACUCUCCUCCUCGGUAGCCGAAGAAUAAGCUCUAAUUAAGGUUCGUCAAUCUUAGCGAUUGUUUGUUCUCGUUAUUUAGGGUUAGAGGGUUUAGAUUCGUCGAGCUAAUUUCAUGUUUCUUUCUUAAAAAAAUUAGGGUUCUUUUUUUCUGUUUCUCGAUUUUUGUUCUAUUAGAUACUGAUUCUCGAAAACCAUCUCGAUUUUUUGCAUUGACACUGUGAAAUUGGAGCUGUAAUAUGGACAAGUUCUGGGUUUGGCUUCCAAGGGCCAGCAAUGAUUAUGAAAAGGGGGCAACUGAUUUCGUGAAUAAGUCAGCGUUGAGGUUGGGUAAUCCUCUUCAAAUCUCAUGUCCCUGUGUCGACUGUCGGAACAUGUGUCACCAAAAUCUCAACACAGUCGUGGAGCAUUUAGUCAUAAGGGGGAUGGAUAAGAAGUACAAGAGGAAUGAUUGUUGGAGUGUUCAUGGAGAGAUAAGAAAGACGCAGACAGAUGAGUUUGAAAGUGUUGACCACUUAGAAGCAUACGAGUUGUUUAGAACUGCAUUCUCUGUUGCUGAAGACAAUCCACAAACCGGAGAGCAACCAGAAGUAUUUAAAGGUGAAGAAGACUCUGAGUUCAAGAAGAAAUUGCAGGAUGCAGAAACUCCACUCUACUCCAGCUGUCCCAACUACAGUAAGAUAUCUGCAAUCAUGGGAUUGUAUCACAUAAAAGUUAAGAGUGGGAUUUCAGAGAAUUAUUUUGAUCAGAUUUUGACAUUGGUACAAGACAUGCUGCCUCAAGGGAAUGUCCUUCCAAAGUCCACAGGCGACAUCAAGAAAUUUCUGAAGAUAUUUGGGUUUGGUUAUGAUGUUAUUCACGCUUGCAAGAAUGAUUGUAUUCUUUUUCGGAAGCAGUAUGAGGAUAUGGAUAGCUGCCCAAGAUGUGGUGCUUCAAGAUGGGAAGUUGAUAAGCGUACGGGGGAAAAUAAGAUUGGGAUUCCAGCAAAGGUACUACGGUAUUUUCCUAUCAAAGAAAGACUGAAGCGGAUGUUUAGAUCAAAGAGGAUGGCUAAGGAUUUGCAAUGGCAUUUCAGCAAUGGUAGUGAAGAUGAUACCAUGCGACACCCGGUGGACUCACUGACUUGGGCUCAGGUUAAUGAUAAAUGGCCAGAGUUUGCUUCUGAUCCGAGAAACCUUCGCCUUGGACUAUCUACAGAUGGUAUGAAUCCUUUUUCCAUUCAGAACACAAAGUACAGCACAUGGCCAGUCUUCUUGGUAAACUACAAUAUGCCUCCCAGUCUGUGCAUGAAGGCAGAGAACAUAAUGUUGAGUCUCCUCAUCCCUGGUCCAGCUGCACCAAGCAACAACAUCGACGUUUAUCUUGCUCCAUUGAUAGAUGAUCUGAUUGACUUGUGGAAUGAAGGUAUACAGGCAUAUGACUCAUUAUCCAAUGAGAAUUUCACACUCCGAGCUAUUCUGUUGUGGACUAUCAGCGACUAUCCAGGUUUGGGGACACUUGCUGGUUGUAAAGUGAAAGGGAAACAGGCGUGUACUGUAUGUGGAAAGGAUACACCUUUCAGGUGGUUGAAAUUUAGUCGAAAGAUGGUUUAUUUGGGCAAUAGGAGCCGACUGAGGCCAGGGCACCCUUACCGACGCCGCAAAGCAUGGUUUGACAAUACUGUAGAGGAAGGGACUGCAAGCAGAAUUCAAACCGGAUCUGACAUAUUUGAGAUGCUCAAGGACUUGAAGAAUGAUUUUGGAAAACCUUUAGAGAAGAAAGGCAAGAAGAGAAAAUCUACUGUGGAUGAAGAUGAUGAGAUUGGAGGUGAAGAAUAUGAAGAAGAUACUGACCAAUGGAGGUGGAAGAAACGGUCAAUUCUAUUCGACUUACCUUACUGGAAGGAUAUGCCAGUACGUCAUAACAUUGACGUAAUGCAUGUGGAAAAGAAUGUGUCUGACGCCAUACUAUCCAUGUUGAUGCAUAGUGCAAAGUCAAAAGAUGGUGUUAAAGCUAGGCAAGAUUUAGAAGAUAUGGGGAUUCGCAGCUCCUUACACACUGAGGUACGUGGAAAAAGGACAUACCUACCUCCAGCUUCUUAUUGGUUGACGAAGGAUGAGAAGAAGAUAUUUUGCAAGAGGUUAUCUGAAUUCAGAGGACCAGAUGGCUAUUGUGCUAAUAUUGCAAAUUGUGUUUCCAUGGAUCCUCCUCAGAUUAAUGGUUUAAAGUCACAUGAUCAUCAUGUUCUUCUGCAAAACUUAUUACCUGUUGCAUUGCGAAAAUUGCUUCCUAAAGGUCCUAAGAUUGCAGUGACUAGAUUAUGCAACUUCUUCUGCAGACUGUGUCAGCGUGUGAUUGAUCCUGAAAAGCUACUGGAACUAGAGAGUGAGCUUGUUGAGACAAUGUGUCAGAUGGAGCGGUUCUUUCCCCCAUCACUCUUUGAUAUAAUGUUCCACCUCCCUAUACAUCUAGCUAGAGAGGCACGCUUGGGAGGGCCAGUACACUUUAGAUGGAUGUAUCCAUUUGAAAGGUACAUGAAAACACUUAAGUCCUACGUUAAAAAUUUUGCACGACCAGAAGCAUGUAUGGCUGAGGGUUACAUGGCAGCAGAAUGUAUUGCCUUCUGCAUGGAAUUUCUUCAAAAAUCUGUACCAGUUAAUCAACCUGCGAGUCGUAAUGAAGAUGUUGAUUUAGAUGAUGACAUCCUUGAAGGCCGUCCAAUCCAGAGAUCCAAAGAUGUUCUACUUUCUGAUAAAGAGCGAGACAUCGCACAUAGAUAUGUUCUAAUGAACACAACAGUUAUGGAGCCAUAUAUUGAUAUGCAUUUGGAAGCGUUGCAAGAGAAAGAUCCUCGUUGUCGGCAAAAUCAGACUCUGUUAUGGAAGUUACAUGUGGAACAGUUUACACAAUGGGUAAAGGAUAAGAUUUAUUCUAACCCAGAGGAGCAGUCGAAAAAGCUAAAAUGGUUAGCAUUUGGACCAAGAAAUUCAGUUGCAAGGUACAAAGGCUUAAUCAUCAAUGGACAUCGCUUUCAGAUAGAGUCGCUAAAGAGGAAGACUCAGAACAGUGGGGUAGCAUAUGAUGCUUUCAGUAUGUGUAGAUCGAGUGCAAAAGAUAGUAAACAUAUGGCAGAUAUAGUAUCCUACUACGGAGUGAUAGAAGAGAUUAUACUACUCGACUACCAUAUGUUCCACGUCCCACUCUUCAGGUGUAAGUGGGCCAACAAAGGGCAUGGUUUGAAGGUGGAAGAUGGUUUUACGGUUGUGAACUUCCACUUAAGCCAAGCAGCAUUCCAAAAAGAUCCAUACAUUCUGCCGUCACAAGCAAAGCAAGUGUUUUAUUCGAUUGAUGACUCUUCUGAUUGGUCUGUGGUUAUGAGGGCACCACCUAGAGGGUAUCACGAGUUAGAGACAGAAGAAGGGUUUGCUGCUCCACCAGUAUUCGUCGAGGAGAAUGAAGAUUUGGGAAAUGAUUGUUCUGAUGAUGAGAGUUUCUGUUGUAGGGAUGAUUGUGAGGGGGUCUUAGUUGUGGAGUAA